AACGACUUCUUCUUUGUCUUGCUCCCCUUCUUCGGACCCUCGCCAUGGCUCCGCACGGGAACCGGCUCCUCCCCCUUCUCCUAGCCCUCCUCGCCGCGGCGGCGUCCGCUCCGUCCUCCGGCUACGGCGACGAGAGGGCGGUGGUGGAGGUAUCCGGCGCGCCGGAUGGGGUCGUGUGGGUGGCCCAGCUCUCGGAUCUCCACUUCAGCGUGCACCACCCGGAGCGCGCCUACGACUUCCGGCGAUAUGUCGGCCCCGCGCUCGCCAUGGUCAACCCCGAUCUCGUAUUCAUCACCGGUGACCUGACAGAUGGAAAAAGCAAAGAUCUACUAACAAUGAAGCAAAACGAGGUUGAGUGGAUAGAAUAUAGAAGUACAAUGAAGGAUGUCAUUGAAAGAAGCAAACUUCCAAGCAGAAUUUUUUAUGAUCUGAGAGGAAACCAUGACAGUUUUGGUGUACCCACAUCUGGUGGGGACUAUGACUUCUAUCAGAAGUAUAGCAUCAAUGCUAAAUCAGGACGACAAGGGCGUGUGCAAAGCGUCACUUUAGAGAAUAGUGGCCGGAAGCACCUGUUUGUUGGCUUUGAUAGCACAAUGGAGAUCGGUCUUAGAGGCCCGACCAAUUUAUUUGGGCAUCCGACUGACAAACAGCUUAUAGAGCUGGAUCAGUCACUGUCGCAGUGGGACACUGAAUUCGACAAGGCUCCAGUGACUAAAACCACAGUUGGGCACUUCCCCCUGUCUUUCUCAGCAUUAACCGAAUCAGGAAAAAGUAUCAAGGAUGUAUUUCUAAAGCACUCCGUAGCAGCAUACUUGUGUGGACAUCUUCACUCCAGGUUUGGCAAGAAUUUGAAGCGCUACUAUCAUCGGAUAACUCAAGAUCCUUCAUUAUACGAACAGUACUACCAAUUUAACAUGCACCAAGGAUACGCAAUCCAGAGUGCUAAAGAGAACUGUUCAGAAGAAGCUGCACAUAUUGAGGAGUUCUGGGAGUGGGAGAUGGGCGAUUGGAGAAGGAGAAGAACUAUGAGGAUAUUGGCAAUUGAUGAUGGUUAUGUCUCCUUCACUGACAUAGAUUUCAGUUUAGGCUCGAAGAGUAUAAUUAUAGUUCCUACCUUUCCUCUAGACUCGAGAUUCAUGCAGAGACGCUCUGCUCCUCGUGAUUUCAAUUGCCAUGUCAAGGGAGCUUCAACUUUUGAUACAGUGCGGGCUCUUGUCUUCUCUCGACAAGAGAUAGUGUCUGUGUCAGUAAAGAUAUAUGACUCAAGACCAGGAAAUCUUGAAGUGGUAUUCGACACUGAAAUGAAAAGAGUGAGUGCUAAUGAAUCUAGAGGAGAUAUGUAUUUAGUUCCAUGGAACUGGAGGGCAUUUGCAGAUCCUUCACCAAACAGAUAUUGGCUCCAAAUUGAAGUGAUGGAUAUAACAGGUGACACUAGUGUCAGUCAGUUGAGGCCGUUCUCUGUAAAUGGGUUGUUUGCCAAAGUUAGCUGGACUUGGAAGGAAUUUUUCGUAAUGGGCAUUCAAUGGGCUUCAUUAUAUCAUCUCACUCUGCGGUGUGCUCUUGCCCUGAUUUUCGUAAUGCUUCUUGUACCACGAGCUUUGAUUGUGUUAUUCAAAUAUCAAUCUGGUUACACAUAUCUACGAGCCAACGGUAGUCAGUGGACAUUGUUGAAGUAUCUGGUUGGUGGCUUUAUCUGGCUUUUUAUUGAGCUGUCCAGGACGAUUCUUGUGUGGUUUUUUCUAUGGGUGUAUAUAAUCUAUUUGUUGGUCUUCCCUUGGUUGUUUGGUCACCCUCUAACUGAGGACAGUGGCCUCGCAUAUAUGACAUACAGAGGCUGGACUCUUAAACGAUCCAACGAAGCUUUUCAUGCUGGCAGUCCAGACGUCAUGGUCAUUGUUCUACCUCACCUUUGUUUUGUGGUACUACCUACAAUUUUGAUAUUAGCUGCAAUGGCUGCUGAGAGAACAGCAUUCCGGGAACAUUAUUUUUCUCAAUCAGGAAAGAAGAAAGAUGACCACUUCCAAAAGAGCAGGAGACAAGUAGAACGUGAUAGUUUAUGGAGUGGUCGCUGGAUAAGGAAAAUUCUCAUUGUUCUUUGCCUGGUGAUCCUAUGGAAACAUUGGAAGCAAUGCAGAGGUCUUGUUAAGGCUUAUGCAAUGAACCCUCUGCUCCAUUCUCCAGUAUAUUUCUACUUUGUACCAGCGCUCAUAGUAUUUUCUGUGUACAAAACCUCGUCCAUUUAACUGCUUCGAAGCCAUGCUCGGACCACCAUGCUAUACUUCAGCGCACCCGCAAAGACGCUAUAAAUGAAUCACCUUCGAAAACACUACAAAUCGGGUACCUAGAAGGCUAAUACUCGCAACCAAAGGUGUAUUUGUCGGAUCACCCAUCUAAUUCUUCUUUUUUAUCUCUUUUGGAAAGGAGAUCUGUUAGGUCAUCUAACAUGCAUAAAGAUAUUGUCAACGUUGUAAUUCAUAAACUAUGGCAUCUCUUCAGACCGAGCAGUUAGGAACUAGUAGCACUGAAUAGUUAUGUACUGAAUGAAGUGAAUCAUUACUGCUUGGUAGUUUCCUCUUUCGAUCUUUCAAAAGAAAUAUUUUCUCCUUCCUUGGUUGAUCAUGUGCUUUGUAGUACCCUGUAUCAUUGUGAUGAACCAACAAAUAUGCGGCCUGCUGUUGGGGAAUGGAUUUUGAGUUUCAUGGUUGC